UAUUUUCGUCAUAUACUGUACAUUAAUUUAUAUAGAUUUAUAUUCAUUUAUAUUAGUCAACUUUAUUUAUUUAUAUAGCGUUAAUCAUUUAUAAUCUUUUUCAUAUUAAACUUCUUAUUCCUUAUUAAUUUGCAAUCAUUGCAUCUGCUGGAUCACCAAUCAUUACUGGAUUUUGGAAAAUAAUUUCAUACAUCAAAAACAGCAUUACGAGUGAUUAUUGUUGGACCACUGCAUCUGCAGAAGAACAGCCACAGAUCUCACAGACAAGCUGAUGUUUGCACAUGUUUUAAUGUGGAUGUUGUUAGUGUCACGUACGAGUGGCUGUAAUGAGCGCACAAUGAUUUAACAACCAAACAUGCAGGAGAUCGCUGGAGGAGUCACAGGAAUAUAGCCACAUAACCACAAAUAAAAGUAAGAAAGUAUGAACGGGUGAAUUAAAUUAAAGCAGAAACUAUAUAGGGCACUAAGAACACAGGCAAAACAGCACAGAACAGUUUCACUUUCUGCAUUAGAUCUAGCCCAACAUAGUUUUCCUGACCUUUCCCCGCCCAGAACGGACAUCCUCCUAUUCUCAACAAUAAUCAGAGGACACAAACAACACAAACUUGUACUUGUACUUGAGUGGAUGCUGUGAUUCAUAGAGUCAAAUCAAGUGUUCUGCUGGCAUUUGAAGACAUAGCUUUACUGCAACAGACAUGACUUCUCUUGGGAGACUAGCGUAAAUUGACCCUUAGCAAAGCGCCAUCUGCUGUUUUGGAAAAGGAAGUUGCUCAACUGCAUUUGAGAGAAAAUCAAGACGAGAGAUCCCAUAAAAAGUUCCUGCUCUAAUCAUGGAGGAAGCAGAUCUUUUAUGUGAUUCACUCUUCCGCUGGCUGGAAAAACGAAAGAAAUGUGCAGAUAAGCUGUUGGAACUGGCUCAACAGCUGGAAGACGUUAAUCUGGGCAGCAACGCCUUUCAGGUGGUUGGAGCUGCUACAUCUGUGGUCUCAAUAUCUGGAGCACUUGUUGCCACUUUCUUGACAGGAGGUCUGGCCAGCCCUCUAUUGGCUGCAGCAACAGCAGGCACUAUAGCAAGCACUGUAGUCAGCGUCAUGCCCCCAUUGGUAGAGGCAGGUAUCUCCAGGAUUACCUUAAAUAAAGCUACUGAGUUAAGUAAAGAAGAUGAGAAGGUUGGGAGGAGGAUUCAGAAGCAACUGCAAGAUCUGAAGGACCGGUGUGGAGGAACACAGCUCGGGGAUCAUGCUGAUGAGUUGGACUGUGAGGUGACCACUCAACUGAUGGGUGCUCUGGCCAGAAGGGAUAAUACUCACAUACCCCUGGACUUUCUCAGAGAUUUCAACAGAGCCACGGUCUUUCGUCACCUAACACCAGGUGGACUGGAUUCAGCCGAGGCCUCGCGCUUUAUUGGCCAAGCUCUGGGCAUUGUAAGUUUUUCCGCUGUGAUCGCAGGUAGCCUGAUGUUAUCUGCCGAAGCAAUGGGGAAGAAGAUUGGAAGCAUUGGCGUUAAAGCAGCUGCUAAAGCAGGAUCAAGGGUUCUGGGUGCGAUUGGUUUAGGCAUAUGCGUGUACGACCUGAUUGAUAAGAGUGAAGAAUUAGUAAAAGACAAUCGGGUCACGGACGCCAGCGAGCUCUUACGGGAUUCAGCCAGGGAAAUACUGGAAGGCCGACAAAAGCUAAAGGAACAGCUGGAUGCAAUGCAUGAAAUCAUCAAAAAAUUGGAACAAGUGAGGAACCUCGUCAAGAACUUGGGGGGAUAUUCUCUCAACGAGAAUAAAAAUGGACAGAAAGUAAUAGACUAUAUCAUGGGAACAUGUACAGACAGCACAGUUGUCUCCUGGCUUCGGAAAUUAACUCAUCAGAUUGAAUUUGUGAAUCUUCUACGAUUUUAUAUGGAGAGUUUGGAACACAUUUUUGAGAAAUUGAGGAGGCCUGGCGGAGGUCACAUAAACAUUGUGAUUGUGGCUCAUGGCAGAAUUGUCGACCAAUUUAUGCCAGCAGGUGGCCUGGUGCCCACACCUAACAUCAUAGACACCAUUCUUUACUCUCCGUGGAACUGCAGCAUUGAUUCCCGUGCUGCAUUUGGAAUUGCUCAAGGGAUCAUUGAAGUGACAAACAGAAAGUUUCGCAAUAGGCUUUACUGUGAGCCGAACCCUUUGCCACAACACUGGAAUAGCAUGCGAAGAUCUCUCCACAACAUCCCAGGGAUCCUUCUAUCCCCUGUGACCCCUGAAGAUAAAGCAUGGGCCUUUUUUGACUGUUUUUGGGAGAGUAGAAGCAUGAAAAUUUCAGACCGUAUUAUUAUCCCAUAUCUUGUCCCAAAAGAGGAGGUAAAGGCAUUUGGAGAGAUCCCCCUGUACAUGUUCAUAUUUUUGUCAUCAUUCAUACUCAUGCUCUAUGGUAAAACAGCUACUGUGCAUCUGGCUGCUUGUUUGGACCGUGCAGGAAGUCCAAAAAGGCCAGUAGAGUGGAGAAGACAGUAUGCCUACACCAAUGAUGGAACCGUUAUGACUAUGAACUUGGAUAAUAAGUGCAUGAACUCUAUGUUUUUCAGUGCCUUAAGAUCAAUGUUUGACCGCAGAUAAAUCACCUGAACUGCAUCUGGGUCAUUCCUGACAUAUUAUGCAGGGCUGGAGAAUGACCCAGAGUGCUGCAGUUUAAUGCGUAAGACCAGCCCAUUUAUUCAUGUUGGAAGAACUUUGAUAACAGAAGUGAGAGUUUAGGUCUUUCUAUCCCAUCAUAUUAACUACUGACGUUUAAUCGCAACAUAAAGAUAAAUAACAAAUUGCAUACCGGCUAUUGUGCUAUGCUAAUUCCAACUGUAAAAUUAUAUAUAUAUAUAUAUAUAUAUAUAUAUAUAUAUAUAAAAAAAGGCUUUGCACUUAAAAAAGUAUUUCAGUAAAAAAAGAAAAAAAAAGAAAACAGUCACUGAGAAACUCAAGAAAAACGUCCCUACUCUCUCCUAGUAAUGAAUUAAGAAAGACAAAGAAAGCUUUCAUUGAAAGCUUUAAUGUAGAAAACAGAACAACAACAACAUCAACAGGCACAGCAGCUUAGGCAGCACUUAUAUUUUCUCAUACGCACUUCCUGAAUUCUCCUCAUUAACCCCGUAAAUGCUGGUGCUGAAGAAAUCAGCAAAUCACAACUAUUACAGACUCACUGCUGUGCUGCAGUAUAGUGCUGUAUAUACAGGAGAUCAAUUACAGUGUGAAAUACAUUACUCAUUAUAGCAAUUUUAAAAAACGGACAACAUGCUGCUUUAAUAAUAACUACAGAUGGAUCUGCUGCAUGUCAUAUAUCAAAAAAGUCUACAUUAUAUAUAUAUUAGUUGUGCUUAUAGAUGUGCAGUCGAAUUCUAAUAAAGUGUUUGAUGAAGUCAUAAAAAGCUUGUUUUUUGUUUCACUUGCUUUGUGUGUAAAACUUGUGGGUUUCACCUGUGUACGCCAUAAUUAAUUAUAUAUUAAUAAUCUGCAUUAUAUAAUUCUGUUAAUCAUUUUGUAUUAAUCUUUUUAAAAAACUGUGUCUUACACCCUUCCAUAGUAACACAUACACAUUAACAAAGUAACUUUAAAUCAUUUGGAAACUUUUAGUUAAUUCAGUUUAUACAUAGUAUUGUUAACACAUGAACAGGCUACAUACAAAUUCAUUCCAAUUUAAGGCUUUAUUAGUCUAUAGUAUCACUAUUCAUGGAAUUAAUGUAUAAUAAUGGUAGGAUUACAGCACACAAUUCUUUGUCCUCUAUUCUUUUAAUUACAUUUUAAAUCAAUUUGAAUCUUAUGCACUUAGAUUAUUUUAUAAUUCUAUUUUUGUAAAUCCUUUUGAUGUAAAGCACUUUGAAUUAUCAUUGUGUAUGAAAUGUGCUUUAUAAAUAAACUUGUCUUGCCUUUUGUGUGACAAUCUAAAGUGAGAAAUAUUUAGCCCUAAUAAAACAUUUA